GUGCACGGAAACCCUCCUGAGAUGUUAUUAUUAGUUUGUUAAUCAUUUGUAUUCCCAGGUUUUCAAAUCUGAUCCUUUAUACGGGUUAUUUUGAUUUUACGCCUCGACACGACACAUGCACUUUAAUAUAUUCAUUACUGUACUGGUUUGUGUUGUUGCUGUGUCGCCGGCAAGUAAAAGAAAAGGUUAUUCCUAGAUGGUCCUCAUUUUACAAUGCGUAUUGGGUCCAUUUGUGUCACUGUCACGCGUGGAUUAGGAGGUUCUUCGUCGAUCACGAAGCUUCGUGGGAUUUAUGGAUUUAAGAGAAGACUGUUCCACGUGUUGUGUAUCCCGCCGGUUGACAAAGGCGCCCCAAGUUGUCCGACACAUCGGCCGGGGAUUCUGUCCGGUCCCACAAAUGUCGAAGAAACGGAAAAGUCUUGACGAUCUGGGAUUCGAGGAGUCUCCCCUGGAAGGAUGCAGUGACCAAGGCUUGACAGAUGAGAAAGUGAAGGCCUACCUCUCUCUGCACCCGCAGAUGCUGGAUGACUUUGUGCUGGAGAGCGUGAGCGCCGAGACGUUGGACAGAUGGCUGAAAAGGAAGACCAGCAGCAGGCCUGCAGAUGACACAUCAUCUAAAGAAAUCAGCAGGCAGUACCAGGAUGCGAACAUGCAGGGCGUGGUGUAUGAACUCAACAGCUACAUGGAGCAGCGCUUGGACACUGGAGGAGACAACAAGCUGUUGCUCUAUGAACUCUGCAACAUCAUUAAAACAGCAACAAAAGCUGAUGGAUUUGCACUUUACUUUUUGGGAGAAUGCAACAAUAGUUUAUGUCUAUUUACUCCAACAAGGACCAAGGAUGGUCCCCCAAGCCUUGUCCCCUCUGGCCCCAUCGCAUUCGGGACAACCAUUGCAGCUCAUGUUGCCAAGACUCGCAAAACACUUUUAGUAGAAGACAUCAUGGGGGACGAGCGCUUCCCAGAUGGCACAGGGCAGGACUCAGGGAUCCGUGUUCAUUCUGUCUUGUGCCUCCCCAUCCUUACUGCCAUCGGGGACCUCAUCGCCAUACUGGAGCUGCGUCGGCACUGGGGAAAGGAGCCGUUUAACCUCAGCCACCAAGAAGUUGCAACAGCAAACUUAGCCUGGGCGUCAGUUGCCAUUCAUCAAGUACAGGUGUGCCGGGGUCUCGCCAAACAGACUGAGCUCAAUGACUUCCUACUAGAUGUGUCAAAAACAUACUUUGAUAAUAUUGUGGCAAUAGAUUCUCUACUUGAACACAUUAUGAUAUAUGCAAAAAACCUGGUGAAUGCCGACAGGUGUGCACUCUUCCAGGUAGAUCAAAACAACAAAGAACUGUAUUCUGACCUGUUCGAUAUUGGUGAGGAGAGAGAAGGCAAGCCAGUCUUUAGGAAAACCAAAGAAAUUAGGUUUUCUAUAGAGAAAGGAAUAGCUGGUCAAGUGGCUCGGACAGGGGAAGUCUUAAAUAUCCCAGAUGCCUAUGCAGACCCGCGGUUUAACCGAGAGGUGGACCUCAAAACAGGUUACACCACGCGGAACAUCCUGUGCAUGCCCAUCGUGAGCAGGGGGACUGUUAUUGGAGUGGUGCAGAUGGUGAAUAAGUUAAGCGGUAGUGCCUUCACUAAAACAGAUGAGAACAACUUCAAGAUGUUUGCUGUCUUCUGUGCCCUGGCCUUACACUGUGCAAAUAUGUACCAUCGAAUUCGCCACUCUGAAUGCAUUUACAGAGUGACAAUGGAAAAACUGUCUUACCACAGCAUCUGCACCUCAGAAGAAUGGAAAACACUCACUCAGCUCAACCUUCCCACUCUCAUUUAUAAAGAGAUCGAAAUGUUUCACUUUGACAUCAAUCCCUUUGAGGAGAUCUGGCCUGCAGUUUUCAUCUACAUGGUUCACAGCUCCUGUGGAAAGACCAGCUUUGAGCUGGAGAAGCUUUGUCGAUUCACCAUGUCUGUACGUAAGAACUACCGGCGUGUGCCCUACCACAACUGGAAGCACGCCGUGACCGUGGCCCACUGUAUGUAUGCCAUCCUACAGAAGAGCCCUGGGACCUUCACGGAGCUAGAGAAGAAGGGACUCUUGAUAGCCUGUCUGUGUCAUGAUCUGGACCAUCGAGGAUACAGCAACACUUAUCUGCAGAAGUUUGACCACCCUCUGGCUGCUCUCUACUCCACCUCCACAAUGGAGCAGCAUCACUUCUCUCAGACUGUCUCCAUUUUGCAGCUGGAAGGGCACAAUAUUUUCUCCAACCUGAAUUCCAGCGAGUAUGAGCAGGUGCUAGAGAUCAUCCGAAAGGCCAUCAUCGCCACCGACCUGGCCCUUUACUUCAAUAACCACCAGCAACUGUCAGAGCUUCUCACCUCAGGUGAUCUGGACUUCAACAACCACUCACACAGGGACCGUGUGAUUGGUCUGAUGAUGACAGCAUGUGACCUGUGUUCUGUAACUAAGCAGUGGCAGAUCACACGACUCACAGCCAACGACAUCUAUGCUGAAUUCUGGGCCGAGGGAGAUGAGAUGAAGAAGAUCGGGAUGCAGCCCAUCUCAAUGAUGGAUCGAGACAAGAAGGAUGAAGUCCCCCAAGGCCAAGUGGGAUUCUACAACGCUGUAGCAAUUCCAUGUUAUACGACACUAGCAGACCUUUUCCCUCCAUCCAGUCCACUUCUAAAAGCGUGCAGGGAGAACUUGAGCCAAUGGGAGAAGAUAGCGCACGGUGAGGUGGAGGAUGUGGUUCCUAGCCGGCCUUCUGAUUCAGGACCUGUCAAGGUGGACAACUGACUACCAAAGGGUUGACUGCUUGUCAUAACGGGUUCAACCUGAACUUUGCCACACUUAUGAAGCUUUUUUUAAGAGGGGAGAGGAGCAGGAGCAGGAGCUGGAUCAGCGAAAAGGCGCCUUGACUUAACAAAAAACACAAGUUACCUCAAUGGGUGACGGAGGUGUCAAUGCUGAUGGUUUUACUGAUCCCAGAGACUGACUGACAGCUAACGGGAGGAACUGAAACCCAUCACCCUACAUCUACUCCGUUUGGGAAUUUCUUUUUGAAAAUGGAUUUGUGCCAUUUUGGUUGUUUAUUUGGCUUUGUUUAUGUCAUUUGUUAUUGGGUUUUUUUUAAUUGUUAUUGUUCCUAUUAUUAUUGUUAUUAUAAUUAUUAUUUGAGUUGAUUCUUUGCGGUCUUGUAUUUGAGAGGCCUUACACUGAACCUUUCACAGGAAGGUGAUGUGAAACCUUGUUGUUUAGGUUGAUAUCUUUUUAAAAUGGUACUGUUUGCCUUCUGCGGUAAAUGAGUCACUACUACUUCAGCAAGGUAUUCAGAGACAGAAGGAAUGUGUAGUACAUUGAACAUGCAUGCUAUAAUAAUGCCACCUUAGAGAUGAGAGGGGGUGUCAGAAUGUUUUUCUUUCUUAACUUUUGAGCAAAAAUCCUUUGCAGUACUUGAAUAAAGACACACAACCUGUUUAAA